AUGAUUCGAAACUCUACACGGCGUUUUAUCCCCAAAAUCUCAGUCCUCCCAGUGGCGAAUCAGGAAAGGGGGUUUGCCAAUACAAGGACUUCUCCGGGUGCAAGAGAUAUCAAUGAUGUUAAAAAACAUCCCCAACCAUCCGCUCCCUCUCAAACAUCAUCAUCAGCAUCAUCAACCAAAACCUCUGAAAGCGCAGCCAGGACUACCGCCAAUCCUGAUUCCGAUGUAAAUGUGGAUAUGAAGGUGGCGAAAGAAGAAGAAAAAAAAAGUAUAGGAGGCAGCAAGAAGAAGAAAAGUAUGGCUGAGCUUGACGAGGAGAUGAGAGCGAAGUUAGAUGGGAUUUCGGGGGAGGGAGGGGGAGCUGGGGUGGAAUAUGAGGGGGGGAAGGCGGUGGGGUUGAAGAGGGGAGUUAGGGAGAACAUGUUUAGGGUUAUUUGA